AACAAGAACCUGGAACAUUUCUUCUGCAAAUUCAUGAGACAAAGCUCAGCGAUACUGGACAUUACUACUGUAUAAAAAUAAACCAACUAGAAAUGACAUUUUUGAAUGGAACAUUUCUGAGGAUUAAAGGACCAGAACCUGAUAUCACUGCCGUCCUUCAAGUCCCUCCAUCUGAUCCAGUCCGUCCAGGAGACUCAGUGACUCUGCAGUGUUCAGUCCUCUCUGACUCUGAGAAUAAAACCUGUCCAAGAGAACACAGUGUGUACUGGUUCAGAGCCGGAUCAGAUGAAUCACAUCCCAGUUUAAUUUACGCUCAUGGAAACAGUGGUGAUGAAUGUGAGAGGAGUCCUCAGACUCACUCUCCACAGAAAUGUGUCUACAGCUUCUCUAAGAAGGUCAGCUCCUCUGAUGCUGGGACUUAUUACUGUGCUGUGGCCACAUGUGGGGAGAUAUUAUUUGGAAAUGGAACAAAGCUGGAGAUUGAAGCCUUCAACAGGCAGGAUCCAGUUCUGUUUCUGUUGUGUGCUGCUUUGGCUCUGAGUCUGAUUGUUAUCGGCUUCCUUGUUUGUGCCAUCAAGAAGAAAUCCUGUGAUUGUUGUAACGCUGUUGUCACUCUGCAAGCAAAUGUUGCAGCAGCCAGUGGUGAUCAGCAAAGUCAUCAGAGAAAUGAGGAAACUUUGGUUUAUUACACCAAACUUUGCCUGGAGGAAAGCUGGCAAGGCAGGAAGAGGAAGAGCAACAGCAGAGGAAGAGAGCAUCUACAGUGAUGUCACAGCCUUUUUUGACAAUCUAUACACUGGAUUUGCUUAUUGAUACUCAUAUAACUUUGAUGAACCACACUGGGUGGAAAAUACAUUGUUUCAGCAGCACUGGUGCUGACAUUUCACCUCAGAAUAUAAUAUAUAAAAUAUGUUUUGUCAAAAGAGUUGCAACAAGGAAAUCAAAUAUGAUGCAAAAAUCACCACAUUUAAUAGUUUGAUGUUUUUGUUAAUAGCCUGUAGCACUGUGCAUCACAUCUUACAAUAUUGUUUAGUUAUUGUUUGCAUUUUAGUAUUAAGUUUUCUAAUGCAUUUGAGUGUGAUGCAUGUUGGAUGUCUUGGAAGUUUGUUUGAUUGAAUAUCUCAGUAAACGUUGUACAGCUAAGCAAAAUCUCAGGAGGUUAAAACAGUGUAAUAAGUUUACAGUUUGUGAAAUCAUAUGUAAAUAUGUUAAUAAAAA